AAAGAAAUAAUACUUGAAGAACUUUGUCUGUUAAACUAAAGUCAGUGAGGUGUAACCAGCACACAGAAAUCUUUAUGUCACAAAAUAAUACAUGAAACAGGAUAUUAUCACUGAGAAGACCUUGAAAGUGUUUCAAAAGUCAGCAGGUUUUCCAGAUUAAUUUAGGUUGAUUGAAUAAUUUAUGAUUUUUUUAAACACGGUAUUAAUAAAUAAAAAAUUCGUAGCAGGGAUUACAGUUUUAUUUAUUAAACGAAAACAAAACUGCCGUAAUUAUAAUUGCAACCCAGCAAGAUUUAGUUCCUUUUAGGUUUACUGUAAGUAAUCAGACAAACUAAAGACUCCCUCUAAUUCUGUCAAUCAUCAAACCUAGCUCCCCGAGCAGUCGCAUGCCUGAGCAAUCAGAAGAGAGACAGGCCCCCUCACCGCCGUCCAAGCAUUAACACACAGUUAUAAAGUAACCUGUAGGGACAGUCGCCAUGGAAACUUUCCUCAUUACGCCAAAACCGAGAAAUAUAAAGAGAGAGAGGGGCAUGCACCUGCCAUUUCACAACACAACUUUGCUAGAGUUUCAUUUUGUACAGUUAAACAGAAGGGAAAUGCUCUUUGAUAAGAGGAACAACUUACAACCAGAACACUUUAACUGGAUCAGAUGCAAGUGGACAUUUUUCUGGAGUAUAUUUCCACUUCAAAAUUAUAAGUUCGAACAAAGUUAAGUGAAUUUACCCAGGAUUACAAAUGUAUGAUAUUUAUGUGGAACAAAGAGUUUACUUCCUGGAAAGAAGGUCAAGAGUCUAAGGUCGUUCCUUGAGAAGCACUGCCUUCUAAUCAAAGGUAUUUUCAUAUAUUACUUACUUGACUGGAGGCCUGGAUCAUGGGGAAUAACAACACCAGACCAAAGAUUUGCCAAGUUGCACCGUCUCAUGAUCAAGCACUAGAAGAUGAGCCCUCACUGCUUCCAACCUCAAAGUGGAUGAUCACUACUGUUCAAGGCACAGAGGCGCAAGAGAAAGGGAUUCUGGGACAGAGGAAGUCCAUCCAUCUGCCUCCUCUGACAGGAAGACAGGAAGUACACCACAAUGCCCAUUUAGAGCCAGGAUCUCAGAGUGUCUGUGAUAAAACUGGUGUCAGUAUUAUAAAGUCUCACCCACCACAACCAGCAAAGGGAUGGCAACCAAUGGCCUCUGCCAUAGGGUUUGAAGUGAAUCCUGUCAAACAUACAUGCAUGGCAGAAUCUGAGGUCACGGAAUGGAAAGAUGGGCCUGUCCACCGCUAUUCUACUCCCAACCAGAGAGGGCACUGUGGCACCAACAACACAGUACAGGGACACACGAAAGGUCUACUGCUGGCACAGACGAUGCUCAGUCACCAAGCAACCAAGAAGCGGCAUGCUCAGCAGAGGUGCUUCAGGGAGAAACGGGGGAGGCAGAAGAGGGUCUACACCUCUGAGGUGGAAGGAAAUGACAUGGAGGGAAGGCAGAGAGUCCGGCUUGUGUCCAGACCAACGCAAAGGAACAUCUUCUGGGAUGAGUCUGAGGGGCAGAUUCUGGAUGUAAGGGAAUUGCUACAGCCAAGUCCACAACUGAUAGACCCAAACUCAGGGGACUUGAUAAAAGACAAACCACAAACAGAUCUUGGAUUUGUGCCAGAGGUUGAAGACUGGAAUUUUAGAGGUCCAGUGAUGAAAAGCUAUAGGAACUUCCAAUGCUCAACACAUCUAGACAGAGGUCUGACCGAAACUGGGCAAAGGUCUUGUGACUUACCUUGGCUUCAGGACUGGAGGGAAUUGGAUCAGAGACCUCAUACAUCUAAAAACACACAAUCGCAGAGUAAAGUGUGUGCGUAUGGACGUUACUCUGGGUUAUCCAUGAAAAGAUGUCAAGGGAUGAGAGACGAACGGGAAAUUAAAAAUAGAUCAAACUCUGAAAAGCACAGUUAAAUAGGAUGCAUGCACAACAUGAAAAGUACAUUAAGGCUUAAGAGAACAGUUUUUGACCUUUUUUGAAGUUGACCACUUGACUCUAUUCAUCAAUGAAUUGAAAUGAUUACAACUUGCAAUGGUAAGGUAGGGGGUACGGUCCUAGUGUUUUUGAGUGAAUACCAUUCAGAAUCAUGGGCUUCCUUGGAAAGCAUUUUAUCACACUGUGCACUCUCAGAAAAAGGUACAAAGCUGUCACUCACCUUUAUAUCUAAAGUGCAUAUUGGUACCUGAAAGGUACUGUUCAUACUAAAGGUGUACAUGUAAGACAUUUUAAGGGUACUUUCCCAGUGUUCUCACUUUUUUCAAAAUACUUCCCUGCUCUACUGCAAGUUUAUUAUAAAGGUCUUUGCUUUUACCAAAUAAUAGAUCAAAUUAAAUGGUUAAUUAAAUGGACAUGGAUUACCUUGACCUGUAGUUAUUAUUGCAGAAAGCAAUCUUCAAAUCAGAGCGGACAGCUCAGGCACUGCACGGCUGCAGUCAUCAAAUCUGACUUAUCUGAAAGAAUACAUGCAUUGCAUUUAAAGCAACACUAAAGAGUUUUUUUUUACCUAAAAAUAACGUUUUCAAAAAAGUUUCAGUCGUUCAUCCACCCGAAACAGGGUGAAAGGCACUUUCACAUUCGCUUUGCAGCCCUCUAUCGGCCAAAACCGCACUAAAAAAGUUUCCAACCGUCGGGCUGCGGUCCUGUAGUUCAAGUGAAAACUACAAAAACUUCCUUUACGGCAGACCUACAAUCCAAUCAGAGCCAGCUUUGCUGCAGUAGGCUAAAUUAUUUAUGACAGUGGUAAUGGACAAUUCCGCUUCCAACCUGUAGAGGGAGCAAAGAGCAAAAACUCUUUAGUGUUGCAUUAAAGGGA